AGCCGUGAAAUCAGGCUCUUGGAAGGAAGAAUUCAGGAGAUAGCCACUGAUCCAGGAGCUGAGAAGAAUUACAAAGUGGAUCUCAGAGGAGGUUAUAUUGUGAUUGAAACAAAUCAAGGGAUGAACUUCAUGUGGGACCAGAAGACUACUGUUGUUGUUCACGUGGCGCCAUCUUUCCAGGGAAAAGUCUGUGGCCUUUGUGGGGACUUCGAUGGCCGUUCACGGAAUGACUUCACAACCAGAGGGCAGUCCAUGGAGAUGAGCAUCCAGGAGUUCGGAAACAGCUGGAAAAUAACAAGCACCUGCUCAAAUAUAAACAUGACAGACCUGUGUGCCGAUCAGCCUUUCAAGUCUGCCCUGGGACAGAAGCACUGCAGCAUCAUUAAGAGUAACAUCUUUGAAGCCUGUCACAGUAAGGUGAACCCAAUACCAUAUUAUGAAUCUUGUAUUUCUGACUUCUGUGGCUGUGACAGUGUGGGGGACUGCGAGUGCUUUUGUACCUCAGUUGCUGCUUAUUCAAGAAGCUGCAGCAGAGCUGGUGUCUGUAUCGACUGGAGAACGCCUGCCAUUUGCCCUGUGUUCUGUGAUUAUUACAACCCACCUGACAAACAUGAAUGGUUCUAUAAACCCUGUGGAGCCCCUUGUCUAAAGACCUGCAGGAACCCACAAGGGAAAUGUGGGAACUUGCUGUACAGUUUAGAAGGCUGUUACCCAGAGUGUAGUCCUGACAAGCCAUAUUUUGACGAGGAGAGCAGGGAGUGUGUCUCCCUCCCCAACUGCACUUCAUGCGAUUCUGAGGAGAAACUAUGUACUGAAGACUCCAAAGAUUGCCUUUGCUGCUACAAUGGAAAGACCUACACCUUAAAUGAAACUGUGUACAGCCAAGUAUAUGGGCCUGAGUGCAGCGAUGCUGUCUGCGGCCCUGACGGAGUGAUCAUUAAAACACUCUUCCCUUGCGGAAGGGAAGCAUCCACACCAGCACAAGAAGUACAUAUGCAACCUGUAACAUCUGCACCUCCGUUGUCAAUGGUAGCCACUCCCUGCUUCUGCAGUGACAAUGGACAAUUGAUACCAAUGGGAGAAAAUGUUUCUCUGCCAGUGAAUAUAUCAGGUCAUUGUGCUUACUCCAUUUGCAAUGCAUCGUGCCAGAUUGAAUUAAUUUGGGCAGAGUGUAAAACUGGUCAUACUGAGGCCCUCAAGAUCUGUGAUCCGGACUCUGAAGCCUGUCCACCAACACCUGCACCCAGUGCAACAAGCCAAGUUCCUGCUUCCACGGGGACUCCUGUGAGCGAUUGUCUUGAGCUCAUUCCUCCCAGAAAGUUUAAUGAAACAUGGAACUUUGGAAACUGCCAGAUUGCCACUUGCCUGGGAGAAGGAAGCAAUAUUAAACUGUCCAGCACGGCUUGCCCUCCUCAGCAACUGAAACUCUGUGUCAAUGGUUUCCCAUUCACGAAACACUACGAUGAAACUGGUUGCUGUGAAGUCUUUGAGUGCCAGUGUAUUUGCAGUGGAUGGGGAAAUGAGCAUUAUGUGACUUUUGAUGGAACAUAUCAUCAUUUUAAAGAAAACUGCACCUAUGUCCUUGUGAAGUCAAUUCAUCCUGACUCUUACAACUUCUGGAUUCACAUAGACAACUACUACUGUGGUGCCAUUGAUGGAGCAAUUUGUUCAAUGUCCCUUCUCAUUUUUCACUCCAACUCUAUUGUUACUCUGACACAAGCAAUGGAACAUGGAAAAGAAACAAACUUGAUUUUGUUUAAUGAUAAGAAAGUUGUUCCAGACAUUUCUAGGAAUGGCAUCAGAAUAACCAGUUCUGGCAUUUACGUCAUUGUUGAAAUACCUGAAUUAGAAGUUUAUGUCUCCUACAGUCAACUCGCAUUUUACAUAAAACUCCCUUUCGGAAAGUUUUAUAACAAUACCAUGGGACUGUGUGGUACCUGCACCAACCAGAAGUCUGAUGAUGCUAUGAAGAGGAACGGUGAGGUUAUUGAGUCCUUCAAAGAGAUGGCAUUAGAUUGGAAAGUCCCAGAUCCUACUAACAGAUACUGUAAUCCAGGUGUCUCAGAACCAGCUGAGAUUCAAUAUCAUCAGCACUGUGAGCCUUCCAAUCUAUGUAAAAUCAUCUGGAACCUGACCGAGUGCCACAGAGUGGUCCCCCCACAGCCCUACUAUGAGGCGUGUGUGGCCAGUGGGUGCUCAGAACAGCACCCCGGCACCCAGUGCCAGAGCAUGCAGACAUACGCAGCCUUGUGCGGGCUCCACGGGGUCUGUGUGGACUGGAGGAGGCAAGCGAACGGGCAGUGCGAGGCCAGCUGUGCUCAGGAUCAGGUAUAUAAGCCGUGUGGGGAAGCAAAAAGAAACACUUGCUUCAGCAGAGAGGUCAUUAUGGACACCCUCCCCUCCCAAAAUAACACACCAGUGUUUGUUGAGGGAUGCUACUGUCCUGAUGGAAAAUACCUGCUGAAUGAUCGUGAUGGCAUUUGUGUUUCUGUCUGUGGUUGCACUGCACAAGAUGGGUCAGUGAAACAGCCUAGAGAGGCCUGGGAGCACGACUGUCAAUACUGUGCUUGCGAUGAAGCGACCUUCAAUAUCUCUUGCCUCCCGCGCCCUUGUGCUAAAUCGCCACCUAUCAACUGCACUAAAGAGGGCUUUGUACGCAAAAUAAAAGCACGCCUGGAUGACCCAUGCUGCACAGAGACAGUCUGCGAAUGUGAUAUAAAAACCUGCAUUAUCAACAAAACAGCAUGCAACUUAGGCUUCCAACCAGUGGUUGCUAUAUCUGAGGAUGGUUGUUGUCCUAUCUUCUCCUGUAUACCAAAAGGCGUAUGUGUUUCUGAAGGAGUUGAAUUUAAGCCUGGGGCAGUGGUGCCUACAAGCACGUGUGAGGACUGCGUGUGCACAGAUGAGCCGGACGUCGUGACACAGACCAACCGCAUCCAGUGUGUUCCAGUGAAAUGCCAAACCACCUGCCAGCAGGGUUUCCGCUAUGUGGAAGAGGAGGGUCAGUGCUGCAGCCAGUGCCAGCAAGUGGCAUGUGUGGCAAAUUUUCCAUUUGGCAAUGUGACCAUUGAGGUUGGAAAGAGCUAUAAAGCUCCAUAUGAUAACUGCACUCAGUACACAUGCACUGAAUCAGCGGGCCAGUUUUCCUUGACUAGUACAGUAAAGGUCUGCCUACCAUUUGAAGAAUCAAACUGUGUCCCAGGCACAGUUGAUGUGACUUCAGAUGGCUGUUGUAAGACAUGUAUCGACCUGCCACAUAAAUGCAAACGCAAUGUGAAAGAGCAGUAUAUUGUCCACAACAACUGCAAGUCGGCUUCUCCGGUCCCAGUGCCCUUUUGUGAAGGGACGUGCAGUACCUAUUCAGUGUAUUCCUUUGAGGCCAGUGAAAUGGAACACAAAUGCAUUUGCUGCCAUGAAAAAAGGAGUCACGAAGUGAAAGUGGAACUGGUUUGCUCUGAGCAUAAGACAGUCCAAUUCACAUAUGUGCAUGUAGAUGAAUGUGGAUGUGUGGAAUCAAAAUGCCCAAAGAGGAGAACAUAAGCAUAAACUAAAGGAAAAAUUUCAGCUCCCAUUUAAUGCUUUCCUAGCAAGUGAGUAGUUUAGAAAACAGCUGUGAGUAACCUUCAGAUGACCAUAUUCUCCCUUCUGCUUUUUCCUUCUGGUAUUAUAUGCAGUUAUGAAAAUUAGCUAAAGAUUUUACUCUAAAUGUUUGUGGAAUAAACUGCAUUUCAAAG